AUGCCUUUCAACUCCGCUUCUGACGCCUUUCAACUCCACCCCGCGACGACGUCAAAGGUGCCGGUGGCGGCGGUGUCCAUCGCGCUGCGCGCGACGGCGGCGCGCCGCGGCCUCGCGGACCGCUCCCCGAACGUCCGCGCCGCCGCGGUCGACAUGAUCAAGCGGUGGCUCGACGCGUUCGAGGGCGACGUCCUCGCGCUCCUCGCGGCGGUGGAUGCGGAAACGCACGAAGACGUCGCCGACGCGAUCGUCGCCGAGCUCAUCGCGUGCCGUCGAAUUAAACCCGCGGUGAUCGCCGCGUCCGUCGCGGAGGGCACCGCGCCCGGCGGCGGCCUCCGCCGCGCCGCGGACGCGCCGCCGAUGACCCCGGAGGCGGCGGUGUACUGGCGCGUGAUUUGCCAGUCGCUCGCCGCCGCCGCGGGCGCGAGCGGCUCAGACGCGGCGACGGCGGUUGGCCAAAACCAAGUCGUCUCAGCCGCCGUCGCGGGGGAGAAACUCGACGCGCUCGAGUCCGCGCUCCCGGCGGAGGCGUCCGCGCUCCUCGCGCUCAUCGCGAGCCACGCCAAGAUGGGCGCGAAGUUUGUCGCGAGGCAGCUCCUGCCGCUGCUGUCGCUCGUGGAUCUCGCGGACGGCGCGACGCGGCGCGGCGCGAUAUCUCUGGUCGCCGCCGAGCUCGCCGCGAAACCCGCCGCCGCGGACGACGCGACGUUCGACGACGUCGCCGGCGCGGUGUCGUCGCACGCGCACGGCGGCGACGGCGCGUGGGAGCGCGCGCUGGUCGCGACCGCGAAGAUGGCGCACGGCUCCAACGCGGCGGCGACGGCGAGCGUUCUCGAAGCCGCCGACGCGUUGCGCGCGCGCGACGGCGACGACGAAAAGGCGCACGCGCAGGCGCUCUUCCUCGCGACGCUGCUCCUGGAAAACCUCCCGAGGAAUGCGCUGUCGACGACCGCGUCCGAGGCGCUCAUGGAGACGCUCGUGCGCCCGGGCGUGACGCACGAGGUGCGUCCCAUACACUGGUCCCCGUACGACCCCGUUGGCGUGGUGAACGCCGAUCCUUAA